AUGAUUCCAUUCCAACCUUAACAAAAACAAACUCUACUCUUAAAAACCUCAUACAUGCUCCAUUUCCUAAUCCCACCAUUUCAUACCUCCUCUUUCUAACUCCCAACUUUCCAAACCUGGCUCCCUUUUCUCCCUCCAUUCCUUAACAUCACUUUUAUAAAAACCUUCCCAUUAUGUAAAACUACCCCUUUCUACCUUAAAGACUACACAAAAAAACCCAAAAAAAAUAUUUGUUUCUCCUUACGUUUGAUAAACCAUGUAGUGGUACCCUUUGGUAUAUCCACUAUUCUAUCUAGUUAUUUUUUUUAGGUUUGUUUAUAUUUGUGAAUUAAAAAAAAAAAAAAAGAAUGCCGGAAUCGGAGACAGGGACGCCUACGGCUGCGUCGGUGCCGGCAACGCCGGAUACUCCGGGAGGGCCACUAUUCACGUCGCUGCGAGUUGACUCACUGUCCCACACGCGUGACUCGUUUGCAAUGGCUCGGUGCAAGUGUUUGCCAACUAAGGGUGAUAGCUGCUUCAAUGACUUCUCGGUUGGGGUUCCAAUUCCCAACGUGUCUCUCGCGCAAAAGAUUGGAGCAGAGUUUGUGGGGACCUUCAUAUUGAUAUUUGCUGCAACGGCUGGACCCAUAGUGAACAACAAGUACAAUGGAGCAGAGACAUUGAUGGGGAAUGCAGCUUGUGCUGGAUUAACAGUGAUGUUCAUUAUUCUCUCAAUUGGUCACAUCUCAGGUGCACACCUAAACCCAUCACUCACCAUUGCCUUUGCAGCAUUUCGGCAUUUCCCAUGGACCCAUGUCCCAGCAUACAUAGCUGCACAGGUCUCUGCCUCCAUCUGUGCCUGUUUUGCUCUCAAAGGUGUUUACCAUCCUUUUCUCUCUGGUGGUGUCACUGUUCCUUCUGUCAGCAUUGGCCAAGCUUUUGCCACUGAGUUUAUUAUCACUUUUAUUCUCUUGUUUGUCGUCACUGCUGUUGCUACUGAUACUCGUGCGGUUGGUGAAUUGGCAGGAAUUGCUGUUGGUGCUACAGUUUUGCUUAACAUUCUCAUCUCAGGGCCAACAAGUGGGGGUUCGAUGAAUCCGGUGCGUACGUUGGGUCCAGCAGUUGCUGCAGGAAAUUACAAACAUUUAUGGAUAUAUUUGGUGGCACCAACACUUGGUGCACUCGCUGGUGCAGGCGUUUACACGCUGGUGAAGCUGCGAGACAGCGAGGCUGAACCACCGCGACAAGUUAGGAGCUUCCGUCGCUAGUUCUAAUAACUA